AUGCUGGACCGGCGCAUGCUCUCUGUUUCGACUUUUGUGUCUUCGACUGCCAGUGAUACUCCUUUGGCAAGCCAGACCGCGCGCGAGUUUAGGCGGCCAAAAUCCACUUGGCCAGAUGUGAUGCCGGAGGCGAUUCUCUUCCCAGCCAACAAGCCGACCAGCCGCGCCGAUGCACAAGUCUUGGCCCGCUGGGUCUCCUCGUCCUUUCAGACCUAUGCCAAGCGGAGCAAGCAAGCGGACUCGAAGGACAUCUGCGAAGAGGACUUGACGAAGAUGGUCCAGGAGUUGGUCCCCGUCCUCUCCAUCGGCCUCAACGAGGUUGUUCGCCAGGUGUCCCAGCACUGCCUCGAGCGGGGUGUCGUGCUCGAGAAGAUCUGGCGAACUUACGUUGAGCUUUUCGAGCAAGCUCUUGGCGAGUCACGAGAGGCCCUGCGGCGACAGAAGGACAAGACCUCGAAGGCGGAGGCAGAACUGCAGCGGGUGCGCGACGAAGCAACUGAACUGAAGGCAAAACACCCAGCGCAGUUGGACAAGCUUCGCCAGACGCUAACCACGAAGUUCGACCAGCGCCAGAAUGAGCUGGUUCAGCAGUUGACGAGUACGCGCAGCGAGAACCGGGCGUUGAAGGUGCACUUGGAGGAGCAGCUGUCAAAGCAACACGCUUGGUUUCCGAUGUUCGCGAUCUACAAGGACCAAGUUCUUCCGCUUCUGCCUUGA